GUGUCGUUGACUGUUUCGAAGGAGAGCCUCUUUUACGAGACGGCGCCGUGCUCGAAGCAAUAUGGGAUUUCCUGGACUACCACCAAUGACAGAACCACGAUAUUUGGUUCAGCCUUGAACUUUGGCCAGACGCUGCUGUACGACACCAGCGACCUCGCAAACCCCAAGAUGGUCGUGCUUGGCCCUGCUGCUGGUUGCACCCAGGACUAUUCCGCGGCGCCCAACGCCAAACCCAUCCCGAUGAGUGGUUUGCCAGGGCAAGUUCUAGGUGGCGCCGGGACCAUCACUGCGAAUCUACAUCUCGGAAGUCCAGGGCAACAAAUCACGGUCCAGCUGGACUCGGGAUCACAGAAGCUCAUGGGCAUCCAUCAGACCUGCCGCAACUUGGGCAAUUGCUUCAUGGUUCAGCCUGCGGGUCAGACGACGGUCGCUCUGGUGCCAGGCACAGACAUUGAUCAACCGCAGUGUCAACAGCAGAAGGAGGACAUAUCCGCAGCAUUGCAGGGGAAAUGUCAAAUGGGAUCGCGUUCUGUGUUUUGUGACUGCGGCAGUCGCGAGGACUGCUUCUCAAUGAUCCUGGAAGCUGCAUCGAAGAGUGUUGUGCCCAACCAGGUUUGCGCCGUUACACGCAAGAUGUGUGGCGACCCCGUGGACUUCCACCCAGAAGCGUCGAGCACCUUUGAGCCAGCAAAUUUCCCGAGUUUUGCAUUCGCGAAGCCUCCUGGGAAGCAGCAGGUCACUGUUCAAUGUGACAGGACUCAUUUGUGCGAUUGAGCUCCGUUGCGAUCCGCAUCUUCGUCGUGGGUGGCCUUGAUGUUGACCGGCUGCCAAGUGGCUGCGACGUUUUGGGCCGGAUCAGACUGGCUCUAAUUCAAUGUUUGAAUCAGUUUCAAUAGAUAGAUUUAUAGAAGUUUACUGUUUCCAAAAAGACGUCUUCGGUGUCUUUGUGAAAGGAAAG